GGGAAAACAACAUGGUGUACAAGCGAAAGAAGCAAUUUCUGUAGGCUUGUAUCUGCUKCAAGCAAGGCUAAGGCAGUUGAAGGAAGCCAACAUGGAGUACAAAUUCUUGUUUUGGAUCAUCUGGGUAGGCCUAGUAGUGAUCCAGGAUUCAUUAUGCAACGAAGUUGGUAACAUGUUCACGGAGUUCAAGGUUGAGCAAGGCCAAGCUAAGUACAAAGUGCCCGUGCCUACACCUAAAGGCUUUCCAAACCACCUACUGGAGAUGGAGUUGGUCUAUGAUAGCGGAGGAGGUAAUGGUCCUCUAGGUUUGGGUUGGACUAUUGGUGGAUUUUCUCAAAUAUCAAGAUGUCCCCUGAACCACGCGCACGAUGGUCAAAGCCGUGGCAUCAAAUACGACCUCGGUGAUAGGUAUUGUCUCGAUGGAUCCAGAUUAGUUUUGACAUCCGGGGUAUAUGGUAGGCAUGGCUCUACAUACGGUACUGAGGUAGACACCUUCUUGAGGGCRUACGCUCAAGGUACCAUGGGUGCUGGACCACAAAGUUUCCUUGUGAAGACCAAGAACAACCAAAAAAGAUCGUUUGGGACUCGGGUUGAUUCGCGAAUGAAGACUCAUGGCCAGACGAGUGUUCAUGCUUGGAAACUGGAUUCUAUUAGUGAUUAUUCUAACAAUGUGGUGAAUAUUGUGUAUAUGCACAACACUAACGGAGUGUUAAUCUCGAGGAUCACUUACUCAAACAUGGUUAUAGCCUUUGAGUACGAAACUCGCAAGGAUAUUUCUACACCAUACUUCAAUGGCGGGGUGCUUUACRCCCAAAACAAACGCCUCAUUUCGAUCAAGACUUUGGUUAACGCCCAGCUUCACAGAGAAAUAAGGAUAACAUACAUCGAAGCAAAACUUCCCAAGAUUAGUCUGGUUUCAAGUAUUCAGCUGUGCACACGAGAGUCGAAUUGCUACAAACCUGAGAAACUGGCUUUUCAAGGAACCGGAGAUGAAGAGCGCACAAACUCACCCACGUACUGGAUAAAAGCUUUUGGGACGUCCUCCGGGGGCUGGAAGGUUGGUACACAUCCUCGAUACGUUGUGGACAUGAACGAUGAUGGGCUGCCUGAUGUUGUCGGGUUUGCUAGUGGAGGUGUCAUGGUCGCACUCAAUCAGAAUGGACACUUCAAACCAGCUAAGACCUGGGUAGCAUCGUACGGAAGCAGCAGCGGAGGCUGGGGAAGUCAACACCCAAGAUUUGUCAUAGACGUGAACGGAGAUCAUCUUCCAGACAUCGUAGGCUUCGCAAGUGGAGGUGUGUACGUCUCCCUUAACACCGGUUCGGAAUCCUUCACGGCACCUAAACUUUGGCUUGCCCAGUUUGGAUACACUGCAGGUGGAUGGAGGGUUCAAAAUCAUCCAAGGUUUGUAAAAGACAUGAAUGGAGAUGGGUUGCCUGAUAUCAUUGGUUUCGCAARUGGCGGAGUUUAUGUGUCAUUAGGAACAGGAACCACUUUCAAGCCCGCAACACGUUGGAUAGCAGCAUUUGGAUACACAGCAGGAGGCUGGAGAGUUCAGAACCAUCCACGAUAUCUUGAAGACGUUAACGGCGAUGGUCUUCCUGAUGUUGUUGGUAUGGCAAGUUCUGGUGUGUACGUGGCAAUCAACACCGGUUCGUCGUUUGCAGCGGCUUCCAACUGGGGUAAAGGACAGUUUGGGUACAACCAAGGCUGGAGAACCAGUUCACAUCCAAGAUACGUUGUYGAUGUCAAUGGCGAUGGCUUAGCUGAUGUUGUUGGGUUUUCAUGCUGUGGAGUUGAAGUAUCCCUCAGUACUGGCACCCGGUUACUACYGAGUAGAACGUGGAUAGCUGCAUUUGGGUACAAUCAUGGCUGGAGGAUUAAUUCUCACCCCCGGUAUAUACACGAUAUGAACGGAGACGGCUUACCUGACGUCGUGGGCUUUGCAUCAGGAGGUGUCAUGGUGUCAUUAAAUACUGGAACAUCAUUUGCACCUGCAAAGAGGUGGAUAGCAAGUUAUGGCACCAGUACAGGGGGCUGGUCUGUCUCACAACAUCCUCGAUUCCUUGUCGAUGUUACGGGUGAUGGAAUGUCAGAUAUCGUUGGCUUUGCAAGUGGUGGAGUUUAUAUCUCGACGAACAAAAAUAAAAGGACUCUGAUGACAUCGAUCACCGAUAGCUACGCCAACACUCACCGAAUAACGUACUCUUCGUUAGCUGACAGAACCAUCUAUUCACGAGGAGCAAKCACUUCAUAUCCAGAUCCUAAAGUCAACAUCGCUCAAACUGUUGUAAAACAGUUUGUUCAAAACAACGGAAUAGGAGGCUUCAAUACUACAAAGUAUACCUACAAAGGAAUGCGUGUGAACUUAAAGGGAAGAGGCACUUUAGGAUUCAGCGACGUCUCUGAACACCUACAGGAAAGCAAAGAAAGUACAACUUCAACCUAUUUCCAGAUAUUUCCUCUCACGGCUUUGACACAAUCUGUUACGAAAAAAGUUGGCAACAGAGUGGUUCUUCAGAGGAGUAAAGCAUAUAGGGYCACCGUUGGUCGUCAAAUACAGAUCCAGUUAACAUCAGAUGCAGUUCAUACUUACGAGAUCAAUGGAAAGCAUGUAAGAUCGGAGAGGCUUUCUAUCGAUGCCGUGGACAACUAUGGGAAUAUCCACGCGAUGAAGAAGGUCACCUCUGGAAAUGGCAAGAAUUUUGAGCAGAUAACGAUGAACAAUUACUCUAAUAAUCCCCAUACAUGGUAUAUUGGAGAGCUUGACUCGAUUGCAGUGACUUAUCGCAUUGGAGGGGCAUCAAUAGUACGGAAGUCCACCUUUUAUUACAACCGUAAUACAAGAAAACUCAUGUACGAAUUGCGUGAACCAGAUCAUCMCCUUGGCCUCAAAACAUCCUACGUUUAUGACAAUUAUGGCAAUGUUAUUGAAAAACACGAGGUACCGAUAUUUCCAAGACUUGCUUCAGAUCCCUCGCCGACACCUCGCAAGGUGUUCAUGAAGUAUGAUGCCCGAGGAAUUCGAUUGAUGUCAACACGAAAUGACCUUGGACAUGUCGAGUCUUAUUCCUAUGACAAUUUUGGAAACAUGGUCACCUUUACAGGUAUUAAUGGCUUGGUAACAAAAUACACGUACGAUACAUUUGAUAGAAAGAUUUCUGAGCUGCGACCUGAUGGUACUUCUACUAGAUGGGAGAUAGAUUUUUCUCAGAACGUUGGAGUCUACAUUGAAAGGAURAUUCGAACUGGCAAGCAAGAUACUGUCACUGUCUAUGAUAGUCUUGACAGGCCUAUUCGAGUAGUGUCUACUGGGUUUGGAGGUGAAGGAAUUCACGAGAAUAUAGAGUACGAUUCGCUUGGUCGUGUGCGAAGACAAAGCUUGCCUUACUUCUCCAAGGACCAAAAGCCUGCCUGGGUUAGCUAUGAGUACGAUGUGUUAGGACGAGAGAUAUCUGAAAAACGUCCUUAUGAAAAAACAACGGCUACUACAAAGAGAACAAUCUAUAAUGGACUCGUAAAAGAGAUCACAGAUGCAAAUGGAAAUACGAAAAGGGUUGAAAAAGAUGCUCUUGGAAGAAAUGUGAAAGUUACAGAUGCUCUGGGUGGGACUGUGAUCUAUGAUUAUGACGUUGUUGGUAAUCUUAUCAAGACCACAGAUCCAGCAGGACAUGUAACAACAAUGACUUAUGAUCAGCUGGGAAAUAAGAUAUCCAUCAAUGAUCCUGACAUGGGAUUAUGGAAAUACUCGUACAACGCCCAUGGCCAAAAGGUAUGGCAGAAGGACGCUGUCGGGAAUGAGGUGUUUUUUGCCUAUGAUAAGCUUGGCAGGAUGCUUGAGAGGAAGGGUUCUGAGGGUAAGACCAAAUGGAUCUACGAUGUGAGUACAAAUGGAAAAGGAAAACUUGCGAGAACUGUUUCACCAAGCGGUCAUGUGAUGGAAUACACUUAUGACAACAAAGGCAGAGAAACAAGAGUAAAACAGAAUAUUGGAAACGAAGUGUUCGAUAUUCACUCACAGUACAAUAACAUGGGACAACUCUCCAAUCAGAUACUUCCAGGUAAUAAAAUAGUUAACUACUGUUAYGACAAUCAAGGAUUCAUGACUGAAGUCACCCAGUCUCCUUGUGGACAAGGAUUUUCAAGAAAUGCCUACUGGAGAGCCUUGGAGUACGACCCAUUUGGACACAUAGCCAAAGAGCAAUAUGGUAACUCAUUGUUAACCGAGUAUCAAUAUGAUGAGAGCAACCAUAUAAAAUCAAUCAAAACAAGGGAUUCUUCCAUGCGAGUCAAACGACAUUGGGAAUACAACUUCGAUGCAGUCGGCAACAUGUUGGAGAGAAAAGACCGGAGUGCGUCGUGGAACACGGUGGAAAGAUUUUCCUACGACGGUUUGGACAGAAUAACACGUGCAACCAUCAGAAGUCUGAAUCCACAAGACGAAUCUGCAUUCACAGAAGAUUGGGAGUACGACAGCAUUGGAAAUAUCCGUCGAUAUAGUGGUUUUGGAGGCUUGCAUCAUCAGUACAGUCACACACAGCCUCAUGCAGUUGUCAAAGCUGGGCCAAAUACAUACGCUUAUGAUGCCAAUGGUAAUAUGAUACGAAAGAAUAAUCAACGAGUCACUUGGACGUCGUUUAAUAAACCCAAAACUAUAGCAAGAAAAUCAGGAGGAACUGUUCAGUUUGAAUAUGACGCUCAUCAAAAUCGUUACAAGAAAACAAGCCCGGAGGAGACCAAAAUUUACAUCGGCAAGUUAUACGAAAAGACGACCAGUGGUAAAAAGACCAUGCAUAAAUAUUUCAUUUAUGCAUUAGGAAGGCUAGUGGCUAUUGAGACAAAGACAGAAGAGAAGUCACCAGUAUCAUCAGUCAACUACAUCCAUGGCGAUCAUCUUGACUCAGUCGACACUGUGACGAACCAGGUAGGAGAGAUUGUGGAAUCGUUGCGUUACAACGCGUAUGGACAGAGAAGAGCUGCCACUUGGGAAAGUUUUGACCGAUGCACAUCACAUUCACAGCCUGGGUCUACUUACACUAAACGUGGCUUCACAGGCCACGAGCACCUGGAAGAGUUGGACCUGAUCCACAUGAAUGGAAGAAUAUACGACCCAGUUGUUGGCAGAUUUCUCAGCCCAGAUCCUCACGUACAGGAUCCUUACAAUACACAAAGCUACAACCGUUACAGCUACACACUGAAUAAUCCACUAAAGCACAAAGAUCCAACAGGGUACUUCUUUAAGUCCAUUGGACGCUUUUUCAAGAAGUUCUGGAGGCCCAUCGUGGGAAUUGCAGCUGCUGUAGUCACGUUUGGGGCUGCAACCCCAUUGGCUGCGGGGCUCGUUGCGUCAGCAGGGUUGUCAGGUGUGGCAGCAACCGUCGCUACUGGAGCCAUUGCCGGAGCAGCUUCAGGAUUCGUUGGUGGAACGAUUUCAUCAGGGUCGCUGAAGGGUGGUCUACAGGGGGCAUUGGGUGGAGCCGUGUCUGGAGGUUUGGGAGGGUACUUUGGCAGCACGUGGAGCCUAGAGCGGGUAGCUACGCAGGCCAUCGGCGGAGGUACUGCAACCGAGCUCAGUGGAGGAAGAUUCAAAGAUGGGUUCUUAAUGGCGGGGAUCACAGCUUCGGCCCAAUACCUUUACAACUCGGUUGUAAAUUACCGCGCAACAUGGAAAUCAGGAGGACCUGCUCAGCCGAAAUCUUACUCCGAAAUGCCCAUAAAAGGGGCAAAUAACAUAGGAACGCAAGGUCCMGAUCCCAUAGAUCCGUCAGGAUGGUUCAACGAGGGGGGUAGGGUGAGCAGGUUUUUGAAUAAAGUCCCAGGAGUCAAUGCUGUAGCUGGGAUGCACGAUGUGUUCCAAGUCAAGUUGGAUGGGAUUGGUAUUCCCUUCGCGAGAGAUAUAUUCAACGUUCCCGGCAUGCUUCCCGCUGCUGCUAUCUCCUAUGCCGCCCUCGUCGACGGACCAGCUUCGCAGGCACUACUCGUUGAAGAGAAAAAGCGUCGUUAAUCAAAUUGUCGUGGAAGAACAAUUGAUAUUAGAUCAAUUUAGGACACACGGGAUWAAAAUCCAUACUUGAUCGAUGUAUGUCUUGAGGGAUAUCGAUAGUGGAGUAGUAUUAUGCGUAGUAUAUCGUAGACCAAUCAAUAACGACUGAUAACAGUAAUAGACUGCAGACUAAUUUAAAAAACAUAUAGUAUACAAGAUCGAACUCGUGUAUCGAUCAUAUAUAUUUUUCUUUCGACAGUAAGCCUAUGUCACAUAMGUGAUUUACAAUAGGGAACAAAUAAAUAAAUAGUUCAAUAAAGGCAAGGCAACCUGACGUCAGGUCGACCUUCAAUUCAAUUAUUCUUCAUUUAUUUCAGUGUGUAGUGAAAAAAUAGAAUAAAUUGCUCUGAAACUGC